UGGCCCCUAGCCCUUCGGGUGUCGCUUGUUAAGGGGUGGAGUCGUCGGGGAGGAGGGUCGGCAGGGAAAGACAGCUAAAGCCCAGGUCUCCCCACACCGCUCCUGGAGCCACAUUUGCCGCCUGCCCAUCGGCUCAGAACGUGCUUCCACCUCAGGCCAAGGCCAACCGUGUGCUGCUGAAAUGGGCUCCGAGCUGGAGACUGCCAUGGAGACCCUCAUCAAUGUGUUCCACGCCCAUUCGGGCAAGGAAGGAGACAAAUAUAAGCUGAGCAAGAAGGAGCUGAAAGACCUGCUGCAAACCGAACUCUCCGGCUUCCUGGAUGUGCAGAAGGAUGCAGAUGCUGUGGACAAGGUAAUGAAGGAGCUGGAUGAAAACGGAGACGGGGAGGUGGACUUCCAGGAGUAUGUCGUGCUGGUAGCUGCUCUCACCGUGGCUUGUAACAACUUCUUCUGGGAGAACAGCUGAGCACACGGCCCCAGUGAGCGGCGCCCUUUUCUCUUCAACUUCCCCUUUAUCCUUCCUUCUCCUCGCCCAC